AUGACGGCCAAAGUCCCUCGAAACUUUCGCCUUCUAGAGGAACUGGAGAAGGGAGAGAAGGGAUUAGGCCCUGAGGCAUGCUCGUACGGUCUAGCGGACGGCGACGAUCUGAUGAUGACGAAUUGGAACGGCACAAUUCUCGGACCGCCACACAGCGUGCACGAGAACCGGAUAUACAGCGUCAACAUUCACUGCGGAGACCAGUACCCAGAUAUGCCCCCCACGAUCCAGUUUGUCUCACGAGUAAACCUGCCUUGUGUUGACCAAAAGACCGGCAAGGUUGAUCCUUCCAAGCUUCCAUGCCUGGCCCAGUGGAAACGCGAGAACACUAUGGAGACGGUUCUUCUAGAAAUCAGAAGGUACAUGGCAUUACCACAACACAAGAAACUCCCGCAACCAGAGGAAGGAAGCAACUUUUAA